AUGCAAGGGCAACGCAUUGCGCUCUGCCACUUUGCCACUGAGUGUCAACCAGACCUCAUUAUGAGCAGCUCCAUCAGGCCAAGCUUUUGUCGAUCAAUCAAGCAAGCAGCAAGUGGCCAACAGCCGUGCCUCGAUCUCGCACAGAGAAGCAGCUACAUCUACGGGGCACAGAAUACAGGCACGUUACAGGUCCAAGAAGCUUGUCGCCACCGCCCGCAAACCCCGUUUUACCCUUCCCGACCCCCGAACGGCUCCGGGGCCGGUUACGGCGACGCCCAUUGGUCACAUGCGCGUGAGCCAAUCACGGCCGUCAAAAUUUUCAUCCUGCUCCCGGUGCUUUCUCGCCAGGAGGCACGACGGUAA